AUGAAGUCACCUACCACAACCAAAGAGAUACAAAGUCUAACGGGUAGGGCGGCAGCUCUCAACCGAUUCCUUUCAAGAUCUACCGACAAGUGCAGGCCAUUUUUCAAAGCCUUGAAAAAAGGACACAAAGACAAGUGGGAUGACGAGUGUGAAGCAGCUUUUCAAAACUUGAAAACUUACCUCAUUUCACCUCCAUUACUCUCAAAACCGAUACCAUGCGAAGACUUGUACAUCUACCUGGUGGUGUCCGACUCAACUGUCAGCUCAGCUCUCAUCCGAGAAGAGCUGGGGGCACAACAAAUGGUAUUCUACACUUCAAAAGCUCUCAUCGAUGCAGAGACUUGCUAUCCGAAAAUUGAGAAGCUUAUUUUUUCACUUGUGGUUUCUGCAAGAAAACUAAGGCCCUACUAUCAAGCACACCGGAUUAUUGUCAUAACAGAAUUUCCUUUGAGAUCAAUCCUUCACAGCCCUGACGCUUCUCAGCGACUCAUGAAAUGGGCUAUCGAACUCAGUCAAUACGACCUCCUCUAUCGGCCAAAGGCUGCUAUAAAAGCCGAAGCUUUAGCAGAUUUUGUUGUAGAGUUUACUCCGACAGCUGAAGAAGAGAAGAUGGUCACGAAAAGCAAGGAAAAAGCAGACGACACCUCCUCUACCGAUUCGAACCUACCUAAACGACAUGUGGCAGUUGCAUGUAGACGAAGCAUCAAAUCACAAAGGAGCGGGAGCAGGAGUCGACUACGCCUAGCGAAAGAACUAUCGAUCAAGAGAUUGGCCAUCUACUUAGACUCCCAGCUGAUCAUGAAUCAAGCCUCAGGCGAGUACAUGGCAAAACAUCUAAGAAUGGUCCAGUACCUCGACAAAGUCCAAGGAUUUUUGAAAGAAUUCCCUAUUUUCACCAUCCAACAAGUUCUGCAGGCAGAGAACACUUAUGCAGAUGCGUUGGCGAGCCUAGGAUCAGCACUGGACACCCAUUUCAGACGCUCCAUCCCAGUUGAACACCUUAACCGGCCAAGCAUCGAAGACAUAAAGCCAAUCGACUCAAUGCAGAUUGAUGAGGACUCCAGCUGGGAAGACCCUAUCAUCGACUACUUAGUGAAUGGAAACCUGCCAAUGGAUAAGUCCGAAGCUAGGAAGGUCCAGCAGAAGGCCGCGAGAUACUAUAUGCACGGCAGCAAGCUCAUCCGUAGAUCAUACUCCGGCCCUUAUCUCACCUGCAUAAAGUACCCUCAAACACUUGAAGUCCUCUGUAAAAUUCACGAUGGUGAGUGUGGCAACCAUUCUGGGGGCAUAUCACUUGCCUAG